UUGUGAAGUAGUAGAUUCAGCUUCAUCAUUACAUCUUUUACUUCUUGAGACCAAAUUACUGAAGCCCAUUCUAGUUUUUGCAACAGAUUUUAUGGGUUUUGACAUUUUAAAUUUAGAAUUAAAAGAAUUAU